AUGAGAAAUCCAUCUGCGGCUGCCCACUUUAAGGAUCCGGUAUUACUUAUCUCGGCCGUUGCAUUGAAGUACACUCUCACAUCAAAGACUCUAAGAUCACCGACCGUUCCACGACGGGACGUCGAGCAAAAGAUGGUCGGGUCACCAAGCGAGAACAAGUCGCCCAAGUCACCACGGCCACCAGAAGAUGGGCUCGAACCCGAUGCCGAAGAUGCUGAAGCGGCCGCACAUCAAGCUGAGAACACGAUCGAGGCUGGUGAAGAACCUGAUGACGGAUAUGAGAGCGAUUCGGCAAGUAGGGCUUCGACAUCCCUAUCUUCGAGUGUGAGAGACUAUGCUUUUGAGAAUGGGAGGAGGUAUCAUAAAUUUAGAGAAGGACAUUACCAGUUUCCCAACGAUGAACCCGAACAAGCCCGAGAAGAUAUGAAGCACGCGAUGGUGGUAAAUCUUUGUGGAGGAACAUUACAUUAUUCCCCCAUAAAGAACCCGCAAAGAAUACUGGACAUGGGAACAGGAACAGGAAUCUGGGCGAUUGACAUGGGCGAUGAAUACCCAGGUGCUGAAAUUCUUGGCAUAGAUUUAAGUCCUAUUCAGCCAUCAUGGGUACCACCAAACGUUAAAUUCAUGGUGGAUGAUUUCGAGAGUCCAUGGUUACAUGGAGAUAAUUAUUUUGACUAUGUUCAUGGCCGACAUCUUUCUGUCGCUGUGAAAAAUAUGCCUAAAGUAUUGACUGAAGCAUAUCGAUCAAUGAAACCAGGUGGAUGGAUCGAACUCCAGGAUCUUCUCCACAGAGCACAUUGCGAUGAUGGAACGAUGUCAGACGACUAUCUGGUCCAAAAGUGGCUAGGAUUUGUAGCAGCAGGCCUUGCAGCCCUAGGGCCAGACUUACUUGCCGCGGAAAAGAAUGCGCAGUAUCUCCGAGAUGCUGGCUUCGUGAACGUUGAAGAAAGGAUAUUUAAAAUACCGAUUGGAUUAUGGCCGAAAAACAAAAAGCUGAAAAUGGUGGGGCUGUACGGGAGAAUGAUGAUAUAUGAUGGAUUGGAAGGAAAUAGUCUUGGGCCAUUUACAAGAGGACUGGGAUGGACUCCGGAACAGGUUCAGGUAUUUCUGGUUGAUGUGAGGAAAGCACUGUUGGAUAAUUCCGUUCAUGCAUACUUGCCAUUUCAUUGUAUAUAUGGCCAGAAACCACCUAGCAUAGACUAGAAGGAAAUUGUGUCGAAU